AUAUUUAGAUAUAUAGUAGUAGAUAGAGAGAGGGAGAGAGAAACAUGGGUGGGCUAAGCUUGGCUUUUGCAGGCUACCCCAUGUGAGUAGCUGCAUAUUUCUUUUUUAUCCAUUAUUCCAAGUAGUCAAUGCUUUUGGGUUGGGACAGUGCGGACUCUGUUUGACUGCAAAAACAGUCACUUUCUUAUGCCACACUACUGCUUUAUAUCUAAAUGAUGAACAUUGAGAUUGAGAAGAAAAGGAGAGAGCCCUUUCUUUAACAACCAGACAGAGACUUCCUUCAUCGUCGAAGCUGCUGACUGUUGUUCACUUCACGAAUGGAUCUUCCCACUCCCAAAUACUUUCAGUCUCCUCCAAUAUUCGAAUCAAAUGGGGACCCGCCAUUGGUGGGCAGGAGAAGCUUCUAUGGUAAAACCAAGGAUGACCCUUUUGCAGACACCUUCCAUGAUCCACUUUGCAAGCUCAACCUCAAGGAAACUUCAGAGUUUGUCAAGUCAUUACCGAUGGUGAACACGGUCACCUCCUCUGUUUCGACUCAGAGGAGGAGAGAUGGAGUCAACUCAGUGACUACUCAAAGACGAGUCGCAGAGUCUCCCUCAACUCCUGGAAGGCCUGUUUUUGGCUUCAGCGUUGGAAACCUUUCAAGAAAGAAUGUCCCUUCAAAGUGGGACGAAGCAGAGAAAUGGCUUGUUUGUAGCCCUUGCAAUGACUCCCCUGCCCACUCGUUGAAGCCAUCAGAGCCAACAAAGAUAUCAAAGCAAGCUGAAAACUUCAAGCCUCAAACAGAGGUUUUCGCUGAGAAGUUUAGAGUAACGGAGGAAAAGGUUUCUAAAGCAGUCUCGAGCUUUCUUGGAUCUGCAACUUUGUGCAAAAAUAACAGCAACUCCUUGAGACCUUUCAAUGGCGUUUCUGAUUUACACCUAAAAGAUAAGUUUGUGGACAAUGUAGAGCCAAAUUUGCCGACGAAGGAAGGCUUUGUGUUCAGCAAUUCCGCCAUUAGCAAGAUGGAACUUACGGGCGCCACUGUUGAGGUUCAGCACAGAGACAUUGGAACAGAGAUGACCCCUUUAGGCAGUUCCACCACUUCAAGGUGCCCAACUCCAUUCAAAAGCUCAUCCCCAGCUCGCCAUAACACGCCGGCGAACAGAUCCGGACCGCUCGGUCUGGUCGGCGCCGAUGACGACGCCGACAAUAAUAGCGCCACCAUCGACAUUACCCAGUUGCAGGAAUGCCAUUUGGCUAAGCUACAGCUUCCAUCUCAAUACGAUUCUGUUGCAUCGAAUUGGAGCUCGAGGGAAGAGGAGGAGGAAGAAAUUUCAAAAAGCUUGAGACACUUCGAAACGGGCAAUGAAUGUCGGAGAAGUAUAUCAGAUUCCAGAGCUGCAGCUUGGGAAGAAGAGGAGAAAACCCAGUGCUGUAAUAGUUUCAGAUAUCAGAGAGAAGAAGCCAGGAUACAGGCUUGGGUGAACCUGCAAAAUGCAAAAGCAGAAGCUCAAUCGAAGAAACUUGAGGUGAAAAUAGAAAGGAUGAGAUCAAAUCUAGAGGGGAAGCUGAUGAAGAGACUGUCGAUGGUACACAGAAAAGCAGAGGAAUGGAGAGAAGCAGCCAGGCAACAGCACACCCAUCAGAUUGAGAAAGCCACAGAAGAAGCCAAGAAGCUAAACUGGCGACGCCCUUAUUCAUUACCCCACAACACCACUUCUUGUGGUUGCUUCCCUACCCACCAUUCAUAACACUCACUCAAAUACAACAAGCAACACAAAAUACUUGUAUCAUUUUUUCUUUCUUUUUUAUUCAUGUUGUCUCUUGAAAGAAAUGCAUAGAGCAAAUGGAAGAGAGAGCCACUUUCUUUGAGUUUCCAUUUUCCAACAAAUAUUAGAUUGGCUUUUGUUCCCCA